UGAAAUCACAGCAGCUGUUGGCAAAAGGGAUGGCUCUGACCCCAUGGGGCACUACAAGGCACGGUCCCAAGCGAUCAGAGGGAGCUGCCAGGUACCCCAGGAGUGGUUUUACAGAAAUCAAGCAAACCUGAGCAAGGAUAUGAGGCAGAGUUAUGUCAUGCCCAGACCACCGAAGGGCUCCAUGAGGAUUUAUAGAAGAUGCCCCGUGUCUUGGCGCCUCUGGUGCUCCUUCUGCUGUGGCUGAUGAGGAUCGCUGCCAGCCCCCACUCCCUGAGGAUCGCUGCCAUCCUGGAUGACCCGAUGGAGUGCAGCAGAGGGGAGCGGCUCUCCAUCACCCUGGCCAAAAACCGCAUCAACCGUGCGCCUGAGCGGGCGGGGAAGGCCAAGGUGGAGGUGGACAUCUUCGAGCUGCUGCGGGACAGCGAGUACGAGACGGCAGAAACCAUGUGCCAGAUCCUUCCUAAAGGGGUGGUAGGCGUCCUGGGACCUUCCUCCAGCCCAGCCUCCAGCUCUAUCAUCAGCAAUAUCUGCGGGGAGAAAGAGGUUCCUCACUUCAGAGUGGCGCCGGAGGAGUUCCUGAAGCUGCAGCUCCAGCGCUUCACCACGCUCAACCUCCACCCCAGCAACACCGACAUCAGCGUGGCCGUGGCAGGAAUCCUGAAUUUCUUUAACUGCACCACCGCCUGCCUCAUCUGCGCCAAAGCUGAAUGCCUUUUAAACCUCGAGAAGUUGCUUCGCCAGUUCCUCAUCUCCAAGGACACGCUCUCGGUCCGAAUGCUGGACGACAGCCGGGACCCUACCCCUCUGCUGAAAGAGAUCAGGGACGACAAAACAGCCACCAUCAUCGUGCACGCCAACGCCUCCAUGUCCCACACCAUCCUGCAGAAGGCAGCCGAGCUGGGAAUGGCGUCUGCCUACUACACGUACAUCUUCACUAAUCUGGAGUUUUCCCUCCAGCGCCUGGACAGCCUGCUGGACGACCGAGUCAACAUCCUGGGGUUUUCCAUUUUCAACCAGUCUCACGCUUUCUUCCAAGAGUUUGUGCAGAGCCUCAACCAGUCCUGGCAGGAGAACUGCGACCACGCUCCUUUCACUGGCCCGGCACUCUCCUCCGCCCUGCUGUUCGACGCCGUCUACGCCGUGGUGAGCGCCGUGCAGGAGCUGAACCGGAGCCAGGAGAUCGGCGUCAAGCCCCUGUCCUGCGGCUCUGCCCAGAUCUGGCAGCACGGCACCAGCCUGAUGAAUUACCUGCGCAUGGUAGAAUUGGAAGGUCUCACCGGCCACAUCGAAUUCAACAGCAAAGGCCAGCGGUCCAACUACGCCCUGAAAAUCCUGCAGCACACACGCGGUGGCUUCCGACAGAUCGGCCACUGGCACGUUUCUGAAGGACUCAGCAUGGACAACAGGAUCUUCUCCUCCAACAUCUCCGACAGUCUGUUCAACACCACGCUCAUUGUCACCACCAUCCUGGAAAACCCCUACUUAAUGCUGAAGUGGAACCAUCAGGAGCUGGAAGGCAACGACCGCUACGAGGGCUUCUGCGUGGACAUGCUGAAGGAGCUGGCCGAGAUCCUGCGCUUCAACUACAAGAUCCACCUGGUUGGUGACGGUGUGUACGGAGUCCCCGAGGCAAACGGCACGUGGACAGGGAUGGUCGGGGAGCUGAUUGCUCGGAAAGCCGACUUGGCAGUGGCAGGGCUGACGAUUACAGCGGAGCGGGAGAAGGUGAUUGAUUUCUCUAAGCCAUUCAUGACUUUGGGAAUUAGCAUUCUCUACCGAGUUCAUAUGGGCCGCAAGCCUGGCUACUUCUCCUUCCUGGACCCCUUUUCCCCUGGCGUCUGGCUCUUCAUGCUGCUCGCCUACCUGGCCGUCAGCUGCGUCCUCUUCUUGGUUGCUCGGCUGACGCCAUAUGAGUGGUACAGCCCCCACCCCUGCUCGCAAGGCAGAUGCAACCUCCUCAUCAACCAGUACUCGCUCGGCAACAGCCUGUGGUUUCCCGUCGGGGGCUUCAUGCAGCAAGGCUCCACCAUCGCCCCCCAGGCGUUGUCCACGCGCUGCGUCAGUGGAGUCUGGUGGGCCUUCACCUUGAUCAUCAUCUCCUCCUACACGGCCAACCUGGCAGCCUUCCUCACCGUGCAGCGGAUGGAUGUCCCCAUCGAAUCCGUGGAUGACCUGGCUGACCAGACAGCCAUCGAGUACGGCACCAUCCACGGCGGCUCCAGCAUGACCUUCUUCCAAAACUCCCGCUACCAGACGUACCAGCGGAUGUGGAACUACAUGUACUCCAAGCAGCCCAGCGUCUUCGUGAAGAGCACGGAGGAAGGGAUCGCGCGCGUGCUGAACUCCAAUUACGCCUUCCUGCUGGAGUCCACCAUGAACGAGUAUUAUCGUCAGCGCAAUUGCAACCUCACGCAGGUCGGGGGCCUUCUGGACACCAAGGGCUACGGGAUUGGCAUGCCCGUCGGCUCCGUGUUCCGCGACGAGUUCGACCUGGCCAUUCUCCAGCUGCAGGAGAACAACCGCCUGGAAAUCCUGAAGCGCAAGUGGUGGGAAGGAGGCAAAUGUCCCAAGGAGGAGGACCACAGGGCCAAAGGCCUGGGGAUGGAGAAUAUUGGUGGAAUCUUCGUGGUUCUCAUCUGUGGCUUAAUCGUAGCGAUUUUUAUGGCAAUGCUGGAAUUUCUGUGGAGCCUUCGGCACUCUGAGCAGUCAGAGGUGUCGGUGUGCCAAGAAAUGGUGACGGAGCUGCGCAACAUCAUCCUCUGCAAGGACAGUUUCCACCCCCGUCGGAGGCGAGGGGGGAUGGCACGGACUCGCCCCGUUAUCCCCGAGGAGCGCCGAGCCCGCAGCACCACCACGCUCAGCAACGGGAAGCUGUGCAGCGGGGGAGAGCCAGACCCCCUGGCACAAAGACUGGCACAAGAAGCUGCCCUGGUCGCCCGGGGCUGCACGCACAUCCGCGUCUGCCCCGAAUGCCGCAGGUUUCAGGGGCUCCGGGCACGGCCGCCUCCGGGCUCGCCCGCGCAGAGCGAGGAGAGCUUGGAGUGGGAGAAGACCACCAACAGCAGCGAGCCCGAGUAAAGCCGGGGGGCAGUUGGGGGGAGCCGGGGUGGGCCGAGAGGGUCCUGUUCCAUUUUACAGAACACGGACUUGUACAAUGUCAAACUCGUUUUUAAAUUAAAAGCAGUUACCCAGCUUCUCCAGAGCACGGCAGGCCGCCUUGGGGCUGACGCACGAGCCCGGCUGGAGGGUGGGCUUUGGAGAGGACGCGCGGCUCGCCGGACCCCGAGGCACCAGGAGCGAGCUCCUCCGGCUGGGCUGCCUCCAGCAGCCGUCCCCACGCAGCUCCCAGGUGGGAAGGAGGGGACACGGUGGGUAAUUCGUGUAGCAGACAUCGCCCACCCGGGGGGGCGAGAGUUCUUCUUGGAGCUUCUCCAUCCCAGGCCAGCAGGAAGGCCGCUGUCUCCCCAUCACACAGACUCACAGCGGGGCGUUCGCAUCGGGCGGGGGGAGGGAUUUUUUUCUUUGACGUGGACGAGGGAUGGGAAGGGAGGAGUUGUUAUUUCGUUUCGUUUCGUUUGGGGUACUCCAGGACCUAGUCUCCGAGGCACCAGGUUCCAGGUGCUAAACUUCUUCCUUUCUAGAGCGGGGCGGGCGGCCUGAGAGAGGGAGGAAGGGAUGGGACGUGCUCCCUGCGAGGAACAGCACGUGCUGAAAGCCCAUCCGAGGAGUUGUUAACGUACAUAUAUAUAUACAAAUAUAUAUAUAUACAUAGAUAUAUAUAUAUUAAAAUGCCAAAAACCAACCAACCAACACAGUGAACUCAAAGAGGCCUUGAAACGCCUGGAAUUUCAGGGGUUCUGUGUCUUUCGUUUAGUUCUGGGGUUAUCUUCAGCUUUUUCAUUUUUUUUUUUAAAUUCCCUUCUGUUUUUUGGGGUGUGGGUCGGGGAGCCCUUGGAGGAGGGGGAAAAGAGAGCAGGGAACGGGGAGGGAGCACCCUUCCCACCAGCUCCCCUUGCCCGUGCCCCACACAGUGCCCGGGGCAGCUCGCUGCCCGCGUCCAGCAGCGACGGUGCCGCAUGUGGUGUCAGAGAAACCCCAUCGGGGUGGGAUCUCGUGCGAGGACAAUAUUCACCUCCCUAGCAACAGCAGCAGCUCGCCCUCCGCUCGGUGCAGACGUGGGUUUCACGGCGACGAGUUGAAUUUUCUGAUUGAAAAAACAAAUUCUAUGCAAUUUCUGAUUGUAAAAGGGAAGAGAGGAAAAUGGAGAGGGGCAGGGGAGAUAAAGCCUUGAGUGAAGGUACAUCCUGUUCUCGAAUUGUUUUCUUUUCUUUUUGUCUUGAAUGUACUGAAAUAAAAGAUGUCCUUGUAUAA